AUGAAUCCAAUCUUCAAUAUUUUCAGCGACUUCUGUCUUUGUGAACUCCAGAGCCAAUUACAACAAAUGAUGCCUGUUUCUGGGAGAUCUCAAUAUAAAUAUCAGAAGCAAGUAAAGACAAUUCACACAUAUGACUUCUCUAAACAUCAAGAAAAACUGAAAGCUAAGCUGUUCCCCUUACUAGGAACAAGCCUUCCUUUUGUGCAGGCAAAGAAGAAAUCCAAUGUUUGCAAAACUAAAAGAGUCAGCAAGAGAAGAACCAGGUUCACAGGAGUAACCAAGAACUCGGUGAACUAUCAGACCCUGAUCGUGGUUGGAGGAAAGAAGACUUAUGUGGGCAGCUACCCUCUCGAAGUCGAUGCAGCGAUCACCUUCGACUUCUACUCGCUGAUGCUACACAACGAAAAGGCUCCUACCAACUUUUCAUGGAGAGCCGAAGAUAUCUUGGAAAUGAUGGAGAGCUUCAACCAGAAUGGAGGAGUGUUCGAGGCUUCUCCUUUCAGAGCUAAAUUAAGCUAA